AUGGAUCAGGGAGGCGUCUAUAGCCACUCGCGCUCGCGAACAACGUCCUCCAACGUCUUUCCACCGCAACCGCAACACCCCCCGCCUAUGCUUUUGUCGCACCAAAUGUCGAAUCAACAGUUCAACAACCGGCGAUCGCCCUCUGUCAGCACAUUCAGCAACUCGAGCAUACAGCCGCCCGCUGCGUACCGAACCUCGUCCAACUCGGAUCUUCGACGCUCCAUCUCUAACCGCUCCUUUGGGCAGCCCCAGGCAACCGGCUAUGUAGCCCUGCUGCGCAAACAAAAGGCAACGGUAUGGUGCGAUCGCGCUCAGUACGAGGACCCUAGGCUGGCUGCCCAGCAGCGUGCCGCCAAGAUGCGCGCCAACUUGGAGGUCAGCGGAGGAAGCCGAGGAGCUGGCUCAGCUGGAUCUUCGUCAGGUGGCCGCACGAGCACGGGCAUUAGCGCUACCGGAAAAGUCGCCGCCAAAAUCCGCCAUCACGGGAAGACGCCAGUGGUUGGGUAUGCCAACGAAAACCAUGUGGGCGUGGGAGGAGUGCCCAUGCGCCUGAGCGCCACCGAGGUGGAAGGGGAGAGCAGCGAAGAAGAGGACUUUGCGUCGCGCUCGCAUCACCGUAGGACGGGAAGUAGUGGACGAAGCAGCGUUGGUAGCGGCGGUCGCCGCAACGUCACUUAUCGAGCCUCCUCAGGAACGAUAACUGGACAGCCUGGACGGAGAUGGAGCCCCGGCGACACUCCUGAAAGGGCCGGGAGCCUGGCUGAGCAGCCCGAGGACACCAUGCCCGUCAUCGACGAUGCUGCCAGCGGCAGAGCUCAGAGCACGCAUAGUGGAAGCAGCGCUGAGCGCGCAGACAACGUUGGCGAGCUAGGAGCGGCCCCAAGGCUUGCGAGCAAAUCCCUGAUGCACUCGGCCCUUACAAGAGAAAAGAGCGUCAAAUCACCCGAGGAGCUGAAGAGACGAGGAAGCGUGGACGAGCGAACAGCCACUCUUACAUCACAGCGCCUUUACAUUGCCAACCCCGAUUGA